ACUAAUGUUUUAAAAAUAGUAAAAAACAAGCAAUUAAAUUUAUGAUGGGAAAAUUAUAUUACAAAACCACUGAACUUCUUAUUUAAGUCGUGUUCGUGACGUGUAGUUUAUUUUUCAACGCACAAAACGCUUUGCAAUAAACAACACACUUGAAAAAUGGGCAAAGUAAUGAUUAAGACGACAAGACUCACCUAAAUUAGAAACAAACAGUCGAUAUUAAACUCAUCUAAGCCUCAUUUACCUAAAAUUGCCGAACCAACCAAACAUUAUAGCUAUAUAGGAAACCCCCAACACGCGCAUAGAGCAGACAUGAUGUAAAAAACCUACCAACCCGAUUGAGACGAAUCGUCUUCGUAUCUGCAAUUCGUUGAGUUUCACACGUAACCACUUCGUAAUUUAUGCAAAACGAGAGUUCAAGGAAAAUAAAUAAACAAAACUAGUUGACAAGAGCUGGCGUACUUUUAAUUAUCUAUAUAUUUGUUUAGAGAAAAAAAACACGCCUUGAGCACAUGCCAGAGGCCGUUGUAUAAAUCCGCCAGCUCACCCAUGACUCCAAACAGUUCGUUGAACAAAGUCAAAGCGUUAGGAUCGUUUAAAACCGUACGCGUCUAAAAAGAAAAAAUCAAAUCAGCAGACCAACCCAAAGUAACAAAAUACAUGUUAGCAUUGGAAAUUUUUCGAAACCGAUGUCAAUUAAACUUGUGUGUCAAUGAAUAACCGCGCAGAUACCAAAGCGAAGCUACUUAACAACCUAAGUCUUUCUAAACAUUUAUCAUCCAAACAAGGCGGCUCACGUACCACCAAUUGCGGUAAUUGUCUAGAAUUUGCGUUGCUAACGCUGCUACAGAACGUUCCUUGAAUCGAACGCCAUCUAACACUUCCCCAUAGACUGAGCAAUAAGUUCUUCGACUAAGCUCUACAAUUGCUUCUGUUAAUAACCAACCCGGCUCAUACGUUAACACGUCGUUAGUUUUUCUAGUACUUCGUUUUUUAAGUGAAAAGAAAAUUUAGUAAACCACAACAAAAAAAUGGUCCAAAAACAUCGUUCAGUUUCUAAAGCCACCCUCGCCAAGGAUUUGAGCCCGAUGCGCAACAUGACAAUUAACAAGCAGGCCCUCGCCUCGAGUCCCGCCAACGGCAUGGCGCUGAGCUUCGGUGGCCGCUUAUGUGUGCCCUCGGCAACAUCGAGUAGCUGCAACAACGCCGACAAAUGGAAAUACAACAACAUGGUGAACAAUCAACGCGAACAAUUCAACAGUUUGCACUUCUGCUAAGCUGCAGGCAGUGGCCACCGAUAGCGGGCGUCCAAAGUUCUAGUUAGAAAUUUUUGAAAAUGUUACUCGCUAAAGCAGCAAGAUCGGCGUACAUGUUUAGACGCAAAAGGCUUACAAACACACACAUUUAUAUAUAAAUAUAUAUAUAUAUAUUAAUAUAUAUAUGUAAUAUGUAUGUAAUAUAUAUGUAUAUAUAUGACAUACACACAUGUUAAAUACCAUCCAAGUUGUUUCUUAGCAUUCCAAUAAAUUAUAUAUUUUAGAGUUAAACAUUA